AUGGAUAACGAAGGAUCAUAUCUCCAUACUAUCAAAUCUGAUCUAGGCAGUCCGGGAGAGCACCAGUUCUUCUCCGUUGGGCCUUCCUCUGAUGGAUCAGAGCAAGCCUGCGGGACUUGGGUCGUCACGCCGCUCUACCAUUCCAAUUCACCAACCGGCUAUGAACCGUCUGUCGCGUCUUCGGCUCAACUGCCAUCAGAUUUCCCAUAUCAACAGCUACAUUCAUACAGCAUUGAUGAGAGCCUAGCACGCAGUCCAGAGUUACCACCUUAUCACACACUCCUAUUGAAAACAAGCUUGCAGCCAGAUCGAGCAGCUGUAUUCCAGAGGGUAUGGAAUUGGUCGCUUGCCAUAAGUGGUUUAGAACCCAGCGGGGUUGAUUAUUGCAGUCCAUUUAGGGCUCAGAAACCACUUGUAUGGGAUCUGGAAACUAUUCACGGCGCCAUGCAAUGUGAUCAGGGUCGGCUCGACUCACGGAACUUCCUCAGUCGUGGCCAUAUGGUUGCAUUAGCUGAGGAAUACGAGAAACGUAUUGCCAGCCACAGCACAGGACACGCCCCAAGUACAACAAGUGCUUGGAUGCAUCUUGAUGUUGCACAAGAAGAUGGUCAAUCACACUGGCCUCUCAAGGACAUGAUUAUUGAUGAAAUGACGCGGGAGUUACACGCUCUUGAUACACAUUACAAGUUUAAUCCACAGGACAGAAAGAAAAAGCAAAUAGAAUGUUGGAUUCAUGCGGGCCGACUGAUCCUGGCAUUGGUGAAAGAAAUGGGCUGGGGGGCGAUGCUCGUCCCUGGAUUUCAGUUGACGAAUGAUGACAUCACCAAAAUUGACUUGAAACACCUCAACCAGUUCGUACAGGAUGUCGGAUGGUGCUAUGCAGAUUGGAAGAAGGAGUUGGAAGAGAUAUCUACCACCGUUCACAGGAUACUACAAGGAUCGGACGGAGGCUACUGCACCCUCACUGCAGCAUCGAGUGUCGAUUCGAAUGCGAGAUUUGUCAAGCCAGGCGCCAUCAAUGUCUACGUUUAA